GUCGAGGUUUGGUGAAAGAAUAGACUUUUACUAGGCUUCCACUGACCAUGAGGGCUUUCAUGCCGAGAAGAUGAGAUGUGAGAACUUAGAUCCAGGUUGGCCUCCUUGUGUUGACCGACCACAUGACCGUCGAUUAUUCCGCGGAAUGCUGGACCCCUACUGUUCUAGACCACUGAGACUGUUCUAUGCGAUCCAAUCUCCAUCGAUCUCGGCUUUACGGGCCGGCCGUUGGUUCGUCACCCACCAUAUUUAGCUAAUCAGAGGCAAUUUUCGUUUACCGCAUUUGGAUGCGCCGGGGAGCAUGUACUCGCCGCGACCUCGCGAAGCUUUUAUUUGGGGACAAAACUUUGCAGCUGUCAUCAAUCCGUUACGUAUCCUCUUGUGAGUCGAACCUAAUCUUUUGACGUUUAGGGGGCAGUGUCUUUCACAAAGCUUGGGCACUUAGCAAUCUGUCGGUGUGUGUGGUGGUAAUGUACAGCUUUCGUGUGAAUAGUUCGCGAAUCCCUGAAUUGUUGUACUCGUUUAUUGGAUCUUUGGAUCGGGACGCGGUGUGCGUGAGGUGAUAUAGCUCAGUGGGUGGCUUCUACCCAUAGCGAGGAGGGAUUGACUGUUAGGAGUAGGAGUCUUGGGGGUCUUUGUGUGGAUUGUUGUUGAGUGUUAGAACAGGGGCAACGAGAAGCAUUCGAGAUGGCAGAUGCGAAGGAGGAACUGGCGCUGCGCACGGAAAUGCACUGGGCUGUGAGGAGUAACGACGUGGGGCUGUUAAGGACCAUUCUGAAGAAAGACAAGCAGCUCGUGAAUGCUGCGGACUAUGACAAGCGCACGCCCUUGCACAUCGCCGCGUCCCUGGAUUGUGUCCCUGUUGCUAAAGUCCUGCUUGCGGAAGGAGCAGAGUUGAAUGCAAAAGACAGGUGGGGGAAAUCUCCGAGAGGCGAGGCGGAGAGUGCAGGAUACAUGGAGAUGGUAAAGCUGUUGAAGGAUUACGGGGCUGAGUCACACGCAGGUGCCCCGAGGGGCCACGUUGAGAGUCUGAUUCAGGUUGCCCCUCCGUUGCCUUCUAACCGCGACUGGGAGAUCGCUCCGUCGGAGAUUGAACUUGAUACCAGCGAGCUCAUCGGCAAAGGCUCCUUUGGAGAGAUUCGGAAGGCGCUUUGGCGCGGCACACCCGUCGCUGUGAAGACAAUCAGACCUUCUCUGUCCAACGACAGAAUGGUCAUCAAGGACUUCCAGCACGAGGUGCAAUUGCUCGUAAAGGUUCGGCACCCAAACAUUGUGCAGUUCCUCGGGGCUGUUACCCGUCAAAGACCUCUCAUGUUAGUCACCGAGUUUCUGGCAGGGGGCGAUUUGCAUCAGUUGCUGAGGAGCAACCCUAAUUUGGCUCCUGACCGCAUCGUGAAGUAUGCCCUCGACAUAGCUCGCGGCAUGUCUUACCUUCACAAUCGGAGCAAGCCCAUCAUCCACCGCGAUCUCAAACCCCGAAACAUCAUAGUGGACGAAGAGCAUGAGCUGAAGGUCGGCGACUUCGGACUGAGCAAGCUGAUCGACGUAAAGCUUAUGCAUGAUGUGUACAAGAUGACGGGGGAGACUGGGAGUUACAGAUACAUGGCGCCUGAGGUCUUCGAACAUCAACCCUACGACAAAUCCGUCGACGUGUUUUCCUUUGGAAUGAUAUUAUAUGAGAUGUUUGAAGGUGUCGCUCCGUUUGAGGACAAGGAUGCAUACGACGCUGCCACACUAGUUGCUAGAGACGAUAAGCGGCCAGAGAUGAGAGCCCAAACGUAUCCCCCACAAAUGAAGGCAUUGAUCGAGGAUUGCUGGUCACCGUAUACCCCGAAGCGACCACCUUUCGUCGAAAUCGUCAAAAAACUCGAGGUAAUGUAUGAGGAUUGCUUAUUGAGAUUGCCCAAAGACCGUCGUCAUCUCCGCGACAUCUUGCAUCUUCGACGCAAUCCUGCAGACUCGUGAUUGAUCGGGCCAACCUUCGAGCUGAUCAAUCUAAGUAGUCAAUGCCUUACUGUGUCAAAUUCAGCCUCCGCCGACAGAUUGGCUAUGGUUCAAGUGAUUGGAUUCUCUGCUUCUCCAGAGCCAGAAACGACCCCCGUGCAAUUUCUUCUCCGACGACCACAUUGCGACAUGAAGCACCAGACUUUGGAUGUAGAAGGCAUGGUCUACAUGCUUUGCUGUGAGCCUUGCACGUCUCGCAGGUUGAUCUCUUUAACCAGCUUCUAGCCUUUCGCAAUGGCUGCAUCACUUAAGAAAUCACCGAGUAUCGUGAUGCUCAAUUUCCAAGUCCUAGGUUCACUGGGUGCAGGAAUUAGAUUUCUGUCCAACCCUGAGCGUAGCAAAUAUUAACCGCAGAGCAGUCAUGUUAUUUUCAUUCUCGAACCAUAUGGAGCGUUCCUGAAUACACACACAAGCCUCUGCUUGAGAUAACUGAAGUAACGCGCUGAUGUAAGUAUUUUGCUUUCCGAGGAGAAAGUCAAUGAGAACGGCUUUUGUUUACUUCUGCCCCAAAUCUUGUGGGGGUCUUCAUUUGGUUUUAA